AUGUUGGACAUCAAGUGUAACCCGACCGAUGCCCUUGUAUUCUCUCCUCCGUUUACGCAGGACGGAGCUGUCUCUAUGAAACUCACCAACACGCGCAAGACUCCUAUAGCAUUCAAAGUACACGUUAAUUCUCGUGACUUGUUUCGCGCGUCGCCGAACAUGGGCCACAUAGAAGCCGGUCGGCAGGUCAAAGUCACCAUCACCCUGAAAGCGAACUUCUGCUCGUGGAUGGCGUCUCCCGGAACGCUCGUCCACUAUCGCGCCUCGUCAGUGCACUUCGGCGAGCUGUUGCGCCCCAGACGUACCAGGUUCCCUUGUCAGAACUGGGCGAUUACGUCAUUGCCCUGUUAUGAGCCCCGGCCUCACGGCCACUCUACCCCCACUCAACUAGUCUCAUUGCUGAAGAAGACCCCUCGAGAAACCUCGGUCCCCUUCACCCAGUUUAAAACAAGUUUAUCCACGCAGUUUACGAUGCCAAAGGAUUUGCCCGCUCGUCCCCCUCACUCCGUUUUCCAGCGGUACAAGCACUCCGCCGGCUACGCGCCCGCCUCCGGCAACGCCAACGACCCCGUCGAGACCGUCCCGUACGGUAAACGCCGCGGCAAAGAACUACGCCCGCCGACUCCAGCGCUCACUCUCCCGUUCCCUCCGAACUCACACGAGGGUAGGCGCCUACGUCGCGAACAGUUCCGCGAGCGCUACGCGACCAACAAGGCCGACUUCGAGAAGCGUCUAGCUGCACGCGAAAUCCAACAGGCGCGCGAACGGAUCCUCGCCGGUCCGUCAAAGCCGACACUCGAGCAGCGUCUCGCUGCAAUCCCACCGGCAACACAUACGCCGAUCGCACCGAAGCCGAUACUCAUCGACUUCGACAAGCACACUCCCGCCGACCUUGUCCGCAUCUUCACACCGAAGUUCGACGGCACGCUCAAACGCCUCGACGUCUUCGAGACUCUCGAGCUCGACGACCUCAACUCCGACCGAGUCCGCAAUCUCCGCCGACUCAUCGAGCAGCUCACGCGCAUCAAGCGCUGCCUAGCGGACGUCUGCAACGUCGUCAAAUACGAGGAGUGGCGCAAGUGGGAACUAGGGUGCAGGGAAAUAGGGGAUAUCUCGUUCAAAGGGCUACGCAAGAACAAAGCCCGGAUUGUACAAGCGCUCAGCGCAGUUUACGUGAACGGAUAUUUUGACGCGGUUAGGUUUUACGAGAACAAGUAG